CAUGCCUGACUAUAGUGGUGCGCAGGAGCUUUCGUGAAUUUUCGCAACAAGGAAAAAAGAGGAAUUGGUGUCAGUAAGAUUUGAAUUCGUCGUCCUGUCAAUUGAUUUUGGUGCUGAGGGAUUAUUUGGAAAGAUUCGUGUAUUUGCUUUUUCUUUGAUCUCGAAAUCCUUCAGCAAUUGCACGUGUACGCGUUGAAUGUGAAUCUUCUUUUGUUUUAGGUGCGUGACUUUAGCGCUCCCUGCAGCGUUAGUAGUUACUACUUUGAGCUCUCAGCUGAUCGUUCUAUUUUUCUUUUCUAAUAUUUUUCGUUCGGUUGUUUGCUCUUGUGUCGAUGUUUAACAUCCGUUAUUGGAAUCUCAAUCAUUAUUCUGCAAAAAAGCUUAUCACUCCCGAAAAAUUGAGUUCAGAUCUGUGUAUCCGUUCUGAUGCUCCGUUAAUUCCCGUUCCAAUAAAUAUUGCAUUGUUUACAAUGCUCUUGUAUCCGAUAGACCUACAUGCAAACAAGUUGAUUUUCUGUGUUAUCUACGUCGUACUCCAUAGGAUUUCCAAUGACACUUGUCAAACGCCGUAAGAUCAACAACUGCAAACGAAAAAGAUUUCGGGCAAGAUGCGUAUCGAGAUUCUGAUAAUAUUUAAACCUUUAGCAAUAUCGGUUUCGAUUGAUGGCCGUUUACAAGGAAGUUUCUACCGCCACCGUAUUACUCUUAAAUUAUUGAGCUCUUGAACAAGGUAAGCAGACAUUCAUUUCCUGUCUCUUAUUAUUCCACAGAGACAUCGCAUUUGCAUUUGUUAACAGUAUAAAUAUUAUACCCAAUGUCCUACUCUUUCAACUGGAUUUGUGAUUUAUGUUCUUUCUUUUGACGGAAUGUCAAAAAAGGUUACACUGCUCUGAUUAAAAGAAUGUAAAUGCUCCCAGAAAAGAUCCAAUUCUGUUAUGGCGGCUUUUGCUUUUGGUAAUGGAAAACUCGGCGCGAUAAAUGAAAUGUAAUAGCCUACAUCGCAAUUAGAAAACUUCACUCACAAUUGAGGAAGCAGUGAUUUGCAAUAGCCUUGCUUAUUUAUUUUGAAAAGUAGUUUUUAUCAGCUUUGUGCAUAACAAGAGCUUUUCUUCCACUACAACAUGUAGCAACUGUUCAGUAUUAUAACAUAAACAGUACACACAUGUCAAGCUGAUUAUUUUGCUCGAUGACCACACUUGUUUGCACUAGUGUUGUUGAAAUUAAGAAAUGCUACCAGACACAAGUACUUAACAGAAACUUUUCUAGGAAGCCACGCGUGACGUUCUUAUCGAAAUUAUUCAGAAAAAAACUAACUCAAUCACCAAUGGCUAACAAUAACAUUGCAACUAAUAAUUCUAAUGGUUUACAUGUCAUUUCUAACCUUGAAAUGCAUACAAACACUGCAAAAUAUUCUGGGCGUCUAAUCUUAGUUUCACAGCCAUGGGUAGGUUAAAUUAUAAUGCCCUAGUAACUUGUCGUGGGCGUUUGCGCUGCACGGUGUAGAUUAGGCGAGAUUAGGAUCGUUAUAUUAAAAAAAAAAUUGUCUAUUACAGGCAUUCAUAAGAGAUUUUAUUUCUGUGCUGAAAAUCGAUAGUAUCUCUGUCGCUACUGCAUUUUCAAACUAGUUGUAUGCAAACCAGCGAAGCUGGUUAAAUUUGUUUGAGAAAGAUUCGCGAAAAGAGCAGUUUGGGCAAAAUUGGCUAAUGCUGGGAUGCGCUAAACUUAAUAUACAAGGCACUAGCACCUACGUCACUUCACGGGGUCAUGUGCAUAUGUAUCUGUUUGGAUAGUGACAUACAUUCCUCACAAAGUUCACCCGUUCUGCUGAUGUUUUAAAGUUCCAACAGCGCUAUGGACUUCGGGACACUGAGGUCACUUGUACUGAUCUUGAAAAGCAAACACGAGAUCGUGAGCGUGAGUAUAUAAAGGGGAAUUUUCGGUUAAUGAAGGCAUCCAAUCUUUUAUUGAAUUUCUAACUGUUCAUACAUAAAGGACUAUAUCUGCCAUGAAUAAUUCAGUUGUUAUUUUCAGGAAUUUACUUUCGCUCUUGGCAAGCUGGUCCAUUUACAAUGAACAAAAUGCAAACGGCGAUUUGAUCGGUAAUUCGUCUGGGUUAGUAAAAAGUUCCGGAUCGCCUCGCACAGAUAAUCCCUUUAUUACGGCGAGCAUCGUGACAACUCUUCACGAUUACCGUAAUGAAGUGCCUACGGCUAUGCACUCUUAUGUCGCUGAUGAUAAUAGGAACUACCGAACAGGUGAAAAACCAACAUUUGAAGGGACUAGCAUUCGUGGCAAAAUCAACGGAAACGACAUCGAUGUGCUCGUCUCUAGUUGGGACUUUCUUAAAAAGCGACUGAGUGAUUUUGCACCUAAAAUUUUUCUAAGAUAUUUCUCCAUCAGGCCAGAUGCUAGGAAGAUGUUCCCAGCGUUCGCUCACGUAACCGAUGCUGAGCUUCCAUAUAAUCGCGACUUUCUUAGCACAGCGUAUAACUGUAUCGCCAGUUUGAAUUACAUCAUACCGCAUUUAAGGUACAGCCUUCCUGAACAAUGCCCGGCUUUCGCCAACCUGAAGAACAAGUACAGCAAACUGGACCUAAAGAGGCUUGAGAAUAUUUGGUUGAACGUCACGCAAGAAGAAAUGGGAGAUAAUUUCACUGAUGUCAUCCGUGAUUCUUGGAAGAAAGUUUAUUUUGCUUUAUUCAAAUAUACUUACGAAUGAAAUUUUUAAA